UAUAUGUAAAUGGAAAUUAAGGAAUUAGAUUGAGGAGGCAGAAGGGAAGUUUAUGGUUAGUGCUUAGAAGUAAGGAGGUGGGUUUUGUAAUGUAAUUGUCAAACAUCACGUGGGCUAUGUAUAAGCCAGUUCUCAUGCAAAUUUUGAUUUUUCCUAUAUAACCCACAUUAAAUUUUGCGCGAGAUUCAUGUCGACCUCUCUCUCUCUCUCUCUCUCUCUCUCUCUCUCUGUGUUUCUUUUCUUCUCUCAACUUGUUGCCUUUAAUUCCUGAGAUUUUGGAAAUCUCUCUCAUGUCACUGGUUUCUUAGAUUCACAUAUUGUUUGUUGGUGGUACUCUGCUUCUUAAUCUUAGUCCUCUGUAAUCUGCUCAAUAAUUAUCCAUUAUCUCAACAAGGGCUUGUUUUCCAAUCAUGAAUGGAUCAUUCAACGUCUAACGAGGGUCUCAGGCUCUGGAUUUGAGGAAUCUGUUCAGAGAUGGUUGCUUUUGGAAAGAAGUUGAGACAAUCACAAAUCCAGGAAUGGCAAGGAUAUUAUAUUAACUACAAGCUUAUGAAAAAGAAAGUCAAGCGUUACACACAACAAAUUCAGGUUGGAACACAGGAUCGCCAUAAUGUUCUUAAGGACUUCUCGAGGUUACUAGAUAGUCAGAUUGAGAAGAUUGUCUUGUUUUUGCUGGAACAACAAGGACUGCUCGCAAGCAGGUUAUCCAAUCUUGGAGAACAGUAUGAUGUUCUCAUACAACAUCCAGAUGAAGCAAAAGUAACCGAACUGCAAGAAGCAUAUAGAGCAGUUGGAAGGGAUCUUUUAAGGCUUCUCUUUUUUGUUGAGAUGAACGCUAUUGGUUUGCGUAAGAUAUUGAAGAAGUUUGAUAAGCGUUUUGGCUAUAAAUUUGCCGAUUACUAUGUCAAAACUCGUGCCAAUCAUCCAUAUUCUCAGUUGCAGCAGGUGUUCAAGCAUGUGGGUAUUGGGGCUGUUGUUGGAGCUAUAUCUCGCAAUCUUGCAGACCUCCAAGAUCUUCAAGACAACCAUGGGAGCUAUGUAUCAAUUUAUGAUCAGCCAGCUUAUUCCCACCCGGUUUACUCUCAAAUCCAUCAAGAUCCCGUCGUUCAUUCUAUCAGAGCAGCUGUAGAGCGGCUAUCAAACUCAACAAGUUUCCUUCACUUUUUGGGAACACAUGCGUUUACUAUGCAGGACGAAUUACCAACACCGUCUGAGGAACAAGACGAUGACCAGAGAUAUCAUUUUAUGUCACUUCUCUUAAACUUGGCUAACACAUUUCUAUAUAUGGUCAAUACAUAUAUAAUUGUCCCGACAGCUGACAACUACUCCCUUACCCUUGGAGCUGCAGCAACCGUCUGUGGUGUUGUGAUUGGUUCAAUGGCUGUUGCACAAGUGUUUUCUUCAGUUUAUUUUAGUGCAUGGUCUAAUAGAUCAUACAUGAAACCUCUUGUGUUUAGUAGCAUUGUUCUUCUUGUGGGAAACACUCUAUAUGCACUGGCUUAUGAUCUAGAUUCGAUAGCAGUUCUUCUAAUUGGUCGUUUAUUCUGCGGGUUAGGUUCUGCAAGAGCAGUUAAUAGGCGUUAUAUCAGCGAUUGUGUACCGCUUAAAUUGCGAAUGCAGGCUUCAGCUGGUUUUGUAAGUGCAAGUGCACUUGGAAUGGCUGUUGGUCCUGCUCUUGCUUGUUUGUUCCAAACUGAUUUCAAGAUUUACAAAUUCACUUUCAAUCAAGAAACUUUACCUGGUUGGAUUAUGGCUCUUGCAUGGCUUGUUUAUUUAUUGUGGUUGUCGAUUUCUUUUAGAGAACCUCCAGAUCGGACUAAAGAAAGUGUCGUUCCACAGGAAUCUACCUCUGGACAAUUUGUGAAUGUUUCUGUAGAUAAUGGUUUUACACAACCAUUACUGAUAAACUCUGAAACCAAGCAAGAAGAUGAAGAUGAAGAUGGAGAUGGAGACGAAGAUUGCGAUGAUGCUGAAGAAGAUUCUGACAAAAUUCAAAAGCCAGUCAAUUCGAUUGUGUCCGCGUAUAGGUUACUAACACCAUCAGUGAAGGUUCAACUGCUUAUAUAUUUCAUGCUCAAAUACGCAAUGGAAAUUUUACUUGCUGAAUCAAGUGUGAUUACUGGAUAUUAUUUUAUCUGGUCUACAAGUAGUGUGGCAAUCUUUCUUGCUUGUCUUGGGCUAACAGUUCUUCCAGUAAACAUUAUUGUAGGGAGCUACAUCAGCAACAUUUUUGAAGAAAGGCAAGUUUUACUGGCUUCUGAAAUCAUGGUAUGCAUAGGCAUAGUCCUAAGCUUUCAUAUACUGAUCCCUUACACAGUCCCUCAAUAUGUUGGCUCAGCUCUUAUUACUUUCGUGUCAGCAGAAGUUCUUGAAGGUGUGAAUUUGUCGCUGCUUUCUCGUGUAAUGUCUUCGAGGCUUUCUCGUGGGACUUACAAUGGUGGAUUGCUUUCGACAGAAGCAGGGACACUAGCUCGAGUAAUUGCUGAUGGAACAAUAACACUAUCUGGGUAUCUGGGUGAGAGCAAGCUGUUGAAUACCACCUUGGUUCCUGCACUGUUCAUCUGUAUAUCUUCCAUAGUAGCCACCUGCUUCACUUACAACUCUCUCUACUAAUACACAUAGCUACCACUCUUCUUUGUAAAAUGUUGUAUAGUAUUUUAUUGAAAAUACCAUCGAGUAAUUAUCAAGCUGACAAACACUUUUCUCUA